GCUCCCCGGAGCCCCCGGCCUCCUCCCUGCCACCAUGCCCCGCGGGAAGAGGGAGCCGGUCCCGCUGGCCCCCGCCGAGCUGCCCGGCCCCGAGGGCGAGUGUCCCCGCUCGGGUGGGGAUGACCGGCGGUCGGCGGAGGAAGAAGAGGAGGAGGAGGACGGACGCCUCCCGGGGCUGCCCCGCGACGACCUCACCAAGAGCGUGUCGAGCUCCUCCGUGUCCUCCUACCACUCCGCCCUGUGCUCGGACGGCACGGAGAUCUUCAAGGACUGCCUGGAGUUCCUGGACGAGGAGGGAUCGCCCGGCCGGGCUGCCCCGGGGCGCUGGGCUCCGGCCGGGGCCCCCGGCGUGCCCCCGCCGCCCGGCCCCCUCGCCCGCCCGCAGCGGGCUCAGCUGUCCAGCGCGGCUAAGAAUAGCCCAGCGCCGGGCCAGGGGGGCAGGAUGGGUCCCCCCGGCGGGGACCGGCAGCCCGUGCCGGCCGCGGCCGCUGGCGGGGAGCCGGCCGUGCCCCGGCAGCCCGCGGCGAUGCUCCCCGGGGCUCCCAGCGACUCGGACGAGGUGGACGGCGAGGUGCAGGCGCUGACGGCCAGGGCUUUCCGCAGCCUCUCGGGGCUCCCCGCAGCUCGCCUCGACAUGUGCAGCUCCCACACCUCCUCCAGCCUCUCCAACUCGCUGUCGGAGGACGGCGGGCGGCCGCGGCGGUGGCCGGCGGGCGCCGGGGAGCCCCGGGGAGCGGCGACGGCUCUGCACGGCCGGGCGGGCUGGCCUUUCCCCGGCGGCGUGGACGGGGAGCUGCCGGGCAAGGAGCAGUUCGAGUGCGUGGACGUGGAGGUGGAGAGCGGCGAGGCCAGGAAGGGCCACGGCAAGAAGAGGACCGUGCCCAAGCGCCAGAUCCUGCUGAAGAGGAAGGAGAGGAAGGAGACGGGCUUCGGUCCCCGGGGAAACGGCCCGGCGCCCCAGCCCCCCGCCAGGAAGGAGCCCCCCAGCAAGGGCAGAGCCGUCGGCGAGGACUUCAGACUCGACUACCAGCAGUUCAUGAAGGCGGCGUCCCUGGAAGGCACCGACAGGACCAGGGCGGCCUCGUGCCUGGUGAAAAACGUCCUGGCCAAGAAGAUGCAGUACGAGCAGCGGAUCAAGAUGGAGCAGAAGGGGAUGCGGGGCAGCUCGACCUCCUCGGGGCCGUCCUCCGCCGGCACCGACCUGCUGGGGGAUGGUCUGGAGGGCAAGUCCAGCUCGCUGUCCCGCUCGGACUGCAGCUUCUCGGCCGAGGACCUGCGGGCCGGAGGGAUGCCGGUGGCCGCGGCGGCCGCGGGGAACGCCACCGCCACCGCCCAUCCCACCAAGGGCGUGGUGCUCAGCGAGGCGACGAGGGAGACUGUCUGCAACCUGAGGAAGACGUUCAACGAGCUCAACCAGAGGAUGAAGUACCAGGAGGUGCUGGAGGGCCGCUGGAUGCCCGCGGCCGCAGAGGAGCACACGUCGGAGAGGAUCUGCUACCAGCGAGCCCGCGCCUUGUUCGAAGCCCAGCCUGGGGCGGGGAAGGCGCUGGACGUCGCGCCCCGGUUCGCGAGGGCGCCGAGGCCGUGGCCCAGCCUGAAGGAGCGAGCCAUCGGCCCCAUCCACUCCCAGAGCCUCCCCUUCAAGGCCGAGAGCCGGGCGCUCCCCGCCGCCCCGCCGCGCCGCCCCUUCGCCUCCUCCCUGGCGCAGGAGGCGAGGGCGCUGCCGCAGAGCCAGCCAGAGAAGCCGCCAGCGGUGCCCCGCCGGCCGCCCAGCCCCGGCAUCCCGGCACCCCGGGGCUCCCCGCCGGCCGCGCCCCCCAAGCCAGAAGAGAAGGGGAAGGGGCGCGUCCCGCAGCCCCGGGACGUGCGCAAGCUGGUGAAGAGCAGCUACAGCCUCAAGUUCGGGACUGCCGGCACCGUGGCACCGGCGAGCAGCGGGGAGCCGCCCCCGGCCGCCCCUCUGGUCAUCCACUGCACCUCUGUCCGCCGGGAGCCGGCGCCGGAGCCGGCGGGUGAGGAGGCGCCGGCGGCCCCGGCGUGCGCAGAGGGGCCCGCGAAGCCCCCCGGCAGCCGGGCCGCGCCCUCGCACAGCUCCCCCAUCAACAUCACCAGGGUCCAGGCCACGCGGAGGGGAGCGGCCCCCCCGGAGGAGCCGCCGGCAUCGCCCCCGCGCCGGGAGCGGAGCGAGCUCCGGGUGCCGCCGCGGGCCGUGGCCGAGCGGGUGCCGCACGUGGAGACCCAUCUGCACGUCCUGGUGGGCCGGCCGGCCCCGGCGGCAGCGGAGAGCCCCCCGGCUCAGAGCGGAGCCUUGCUGCGGGCGGAGAAGACCGUUCUCCUGCCUCCGCCACCGACGAGUCCCGCUGCGGGGAAGGAGGUGCGCGGCCUCGGCAGCGCCCGAGCGCUCCGCGCUGCCGAGGGGCCGGAGUCGCUGGGGCAGCGGCACGGCAGCGGUGACGGCCGGGACCCCCGAGCCGGAGCCCCGGGCGGCAGCAGCGCCUGCCCGCGGCCUGAGGAGCCGGCGGAGGGGAUCGCGGCGGAGCCCCGGGCCGGCGAGCAGAGGCAGGAGCGGCCCGGUGGCCGGCGGGUGUCGCCGGGGACAGCAGCGAGGGCCCCCCUGGGCGGCUGCCGGAGCAGAGGGAGGCCUGGGAGCGCUCGCCGCAGUGGCCGCCGGCUGCGGAGCCCUACCCGCCUGCUGCCCCCGCAGACGGCUCCAACUAUUUGGCAAUCCCCGAGAGAGCCCCCAAAUCCACGCCGAUGCCGAAGCUGUCCUCGGUCCCCAACCCAGGCAGCGCAUCCUUUGGGACCCCCCUUUGUCCCCAGUCUGGCCAAUGCCUCUUUUGGGGCUCCCUCAGCCCCCAACCCAGCCAGUGCAUCCUUUGGGACUUCCAUGGUCACCAACGUGACCAGCUCAUCCUUUGGCUUCCCCUCAGCCUCCAGCCUGGCCAGCGCAUCAUUUGGGACCCCCCUGGUUUCCAGCUCCAACAAGUCUUUUGGGGCCGCUCUGGUCCCCAACCUGUGCAGCGCAUCCUUUGGGUCGCCUUUGGUCCCCAAUCCAACCACCGUGACCUUUGGGUCCCCAGUGGUUCCCAAUCUGUCCACUGCAUCCUUUGUGUCCCCACGGGUCCCCAAUCCAUCCAGCGUGACCUUUGGGUCCCCAGUGGUUCCUAAUCCGUCCACUGCAUCCUUUGGGUCGCCUUUGGUCCCCAAUCCAUCCAGUGCAUCCUUUGGGAACUCCUUGGUCCCCAAUCCAUCCAGUGCAUCUUUUGGGUCCCCACUGGUCCCCAAUCUAUCCAGCGUGGCCUUUGAGUCACCUUUGGUCCCCAAUCCACCCAGUGCAUCCUUUGGGAACCCUUUGGUCCCUAAUCCAUCCACUGCAUCUUUUGGGUCGCCUUUGGUCCCCAAUCCAUCCAGUGCAUCCUUUGGGUCCCCACCGGUCCCAAAUCCAUCCAGUGCAUCCUUUGGGAACCCUUUGGUCCCCAAUCCAUCCAGUGCAUCUUUUGGGUCCCCACCGGUCCCAAAUCCAUCCAGUGCAUCCUUUGGGUCCCCACUGGUCCCAAAUCCAUCCAGCGUAACCUUUGGGACCUCAAUGGUCCCCAAUCCAUCCAGUGCAUCCUUUGGGUCCCCACCGGUCCCAAAUCCAUCCAGUGCAUCCUUUGGGUCCCCACCGGUCCCAAAUCCAUCCAGUGCAUCCUUUGGGUCCCCACUGGUCCCAAAUCCAUCCAGCGUAACCUUUGGGACCUCAAUGGUCCACAAUCCAUCCAAUGCAUCCUUUGGGUCCCCACUGGUCCCCAGUCCAUCUAGUGCAUCCUUUGGGAACCCCCUGAUCCCCAGGGCAGGCAGCUCAUCCUUUGGGUCCCCCUUGGUCAGCAACCCAGUCCCCACUUCCCUUGGGCAUCCAUCGGUCUCCAACGUGGCUGGCUCUUUCUUUGGAUCCCCGUUUUUCCCCAGCCCGGCCAGCGCUCCUCUGGGACCUGGUGCCUAUCCCCUUCCUGGUGGGGAAGUGCCCUGGAGCAAGCCCGGCCCUGAGCCCCCCCUGCCCCGACCCCCCGAGGGCCCGGCUGCCGCGGAGCCCCAAGCCCAGCCCCGCCUGGAGGAUGCUCCUCCUUUCCUCAGUAGGACCGAUGGCCCCUCGCCGAGCGGGAGGAGCAGGCAAAGCCCACCCAAGCCCUUCUCCGCCCCGCCGCCCGCCCAGCGGAGGAUGCUCGUGGAUCCCAGCAGCGGGAAGUGCUACUACAUGGAGCCGCCGCGGCAGCCCCAGAUGAAAACGCUCUACGAUCCCGAGACCGGGCAGUACCUGGAGGUGCUGGUCCCGCCGGUGGCAUCGCACACCGGGCUCUACCAGGCACCUUUCAACCCCCUGGUCGUGCCCCCGGGAGUCUACGGCUCACCCUACGCACCGUGCGGCGGCUUCCCGGGGCUCCCGGCCCCGCCGCCCUCCGCCCCCUCGCCGCCGCACCCCUCUCUGCCGGCUGCCGACAACCCCGGGCCCGCCGGCUCUGCUCCCAAGGGCGAGGGGCCGUCCCCUGCCGGGGGCCCCGACUGCGGCUACCUGGAGAGCCUGUACUACAUCCCCACGGGGAUGCGGGCCAGCCCCGGGCCCGAGCAGCCCCCGGCCCGCGCCAGCCCUGCCGCGCCCGAGGGCUCUCUGCUCCGGAUGUGACCCGAGGGAUGUCCCUCCCCACGGCCGGGCUUAGCCAAAGUCGACAUCGCCCCCCGGCUCGGGAGAGGCCCCUGCCCAGCGCUGAGUGGGCAAAGCGCCCGGGGUGGCGGGCACUGGUUGGGCUUCACCGGCUUCUCAUGGAAACGGGGACAAAAGGGGGAUUUUCCUGCGGGAGCACCUGGCAGCCCUAGGGGGACAUGGAGCUGUGGGCCAGCAAAGGGAGACCUGCUUCCCCCUGUCCUGCCAGUACCAUCCCAAGAGUCACCCGGGCUGGUUUGCACAGGGGGGUGAGGGCACCCCACCCCCAGCCACGGCUGCAGC